AUGGAUGCAUCAUCAUACUAUUCAUAUGACAAUAUCGUCCCAAAUUUUAGAUUAGAUGGAAGAUUAGCUAUAUUAACUGGUGGUUCAGGUGGUUUAGCAGCAGUUGUAGCAAGAGCUUUAUUAGCUCAAGGAGCUGACAUCGCUUUAGUUGAUAUGAAUUUAGAAAGAACUCAACAAUCUGCAAAAGAUAUAUUAGCAUGGGGUGAAGAAACUUUAAAGGGCAAACAUGAAUCUCCAAUAGGACAAGUUAGUGCUUGGUCAUGUAAUAUUGGAGAUGCUGAAAGUGUUGAAUUAACUUUUAAAGCUAUAAAUGAACAUCAUGAAAAAAUUUCAGAUUUAUUAAUAAAUUCUGCUGGUUAUGCUGAAAAUUUCCCAGCUGAAGAUUAUCCUGCAAAAAAUGCUGAAUCUAUAAUGAAAGUUAAUGGUUUAGGUGCAUUUUAUGUUUCACAAUCUUUUGCAAGACCUUUAAUUGCAAAUAAUUUAAAAGGUUCUAUAAUAUUAGUUGGUUCAAUGUCUGGUACUAUAGUAAAUGAUCCUCAACCUCAAUGUAUGUAUAAUAUGUCAAAAGCUGGUGUUAUACAUUUAACAAAAUCUUUAGCUUGUGAAUGGGCUAAAUACAAUAUAAGAGUUAAUACUUUAAGUCCUGGUUAUAUAUUGACUCCUUUAACAAGAAAUGUUAUAAGUGGUCAUGCUGAUAUGAAAGCUGAAUGGGAAUCUAAAAUUCCAAUGAGAAGAAUGGCUGAACCAAAAGAAUUUGUUGGUUCAAUACUAUAUUUGGCAUCUGAGUCAGCAUCGUCCUACACGACGGGAUUGAACCUCACAGUCGACGGAGCCUACAGUUGUUGGUAA